AAUAAACUACAAAGCGGUGUGUAAUGCGUGAUAGUGACGUAACAUUAUUAGCAGGUUUCAUUCGACCUUCAUGCAAAAUGAGUUCAUCCUGUAUAGAGGGGAUGCUAAACUUCUGUCCGCAGCUGUACAGUCAGCCCACUGUUUCCGUGAUUACUCUCCUCUGGGUGGCAGUGUCACAUUUAAACAUAACGACAAUUGUGUGUGUGUGCGUGUGUGUGUGUGUGUGUGUGCGUGUGUGCGUGUGUGUGUGUGCGUGUGUGUUUUCUCUUGAUUGUUCGCCUCCUUUCUUGUUUGCCUCAGCGUCUGUUAUCUCGCAGGAAUGCGAGAAUCUGCGAGACUAAUCGCACUCGAUGAAUGUCUAAGAGCGCCAUAUUAAAAUAACACGCACUUGAAUUGAAUCAGUGGGUCUGCGCGCGGUGCAGGACCGGGGUUUCGCGUGACGGGUGUGUGUGUAGAAGCUGAACAGAUUUGACUUUGAAGAAAGUUUUUUUUUUUGUUUUGUUUUAAGUGAAGUGAAAGUGAAAACAUCCUGACCAUGGAUAACGGAGCAGACUCUCGUUGGCUGAGCAAUUCUGUGAGUGCUGAUAACAGAGGCAUCGGAGUGGCUCCAUGUAUCCACGCAAGCACCGUUACCUCUUCUUAUAAUAUAAACAUCUACCAGGGUGCAGCUGCAGAGAAGAGAAAGGACACGGAUCAUGAAGAGGAGCCGGAAAAGAAAAAACCCAAACCGCUGUCAGAACCAGAACCAGAAGACGCAGUGGACUCUGGACCCGCCUUGACGGAAUACAGUCUUUCCAAGAUGGAGGAAUACGCAGACAGGAACCGGGAAUCUUUAAUAGGGCUGCUGGACAAUGAAGACGGACUGCAGGAGAAGAAAGAAAAGCUGAAAUCAAUGAAGUUAAAAAAAUUCCUCGAUUGGAAUUGUGGAAAAGCACGGAAAAUCAAUAAAGACUUUGGGAGAUUCGUUAGUCAGUCGAAGUUCCCUUGGUCAGAGGUUGAAUCUUUUCUCUUUGAAAAAGUUGGUAAGGCUGCUGGGCGGGGCAGAGUGGAAGUUGAUGAGACACGAGGGGACGGCUGGGAUUCAAGUGGCUACUUUUCAAGUAUGAACACUGAAGAUUCCAGAAGCUCCAGCACCCUGACCCAACCAGCACCAGCACCCCCCUUGGAGGAGGAUCUGAGAAAGAAUCAUCUACCAGAAGAGAGAGAGGACAGGGAGCUGAGCCAGGGGCUGCAAACAGGACCAGCUCCCCAUGCCAGAAGGAUGAUGAUGAUCCCAAAAGAAGGGAUUUAUGACAGUGACAGUGCAGCAGGGGGAGAGCUUUCUGCACAAACGCAGCUUAAGGAGGAAAGCACUGAAAUCCCGGUGGGACAGCUCGCUCCUUCAGCGGAGCGCAUGGAGAGAAUCAACUCCCGGGAGCGAACGCAGGAUCCCUCCCUUCAACUAAACCACGACGCCGGGCAGCAGCAGCCAGCAGAGCCCUCCCUUCAACUAAACCACGAGGCUGGGCAGCAGCAGCCAGCAGAGCCCUCCCUUCAACUAAACCACGAGGCCGGGCAGCAGCAGCCAGCAGAGCCCUCCCUUCAACUAAACCACGAGGCCGGGCAGCAGCAGCCAGCAGAUCCCUCCCUUCAACUAAACCACGAGGCCAGGCAGCAGCAGCCAGCAGAGCCCUCCCUUCAACUAAACCACGAGGCCGGGCAGCAGCAGCCAACAGAGCCCUCCCUUCAACUAAACCACGAGGCCGGGCAGCAGCAGCCAGCAGAGCCCUCCCUUCAACUAAACCACGAGGCCGGGCAGCAGCAGCCAGCAGAGCCCUCCCUUCAACUAAACCACGAGGCCAGGCAGCAGCAGCCAGCAGAGCCCUCCCUUCAACUAAACCACGAGGCCGGGCAGCAGCAGCCAACAGGAACACUUCCCUACAGCAGCAACUGGGCUGGGAUUCCUGCUACUGGCGAGAGCGAAGAGGGGAACCAACAGAGCGAGAAGGGAGCGAAGAAACAAACCAGAGCAAAAGCAAGAGCACGAAAAGACAAGGCGGCCGAGGAAGAGUGUUGGAACAAAGCCUUCAAGAAGUGGCUGGAGCACACAGCUCAGUCCUUAGCUAAGAAGGAAGGCAAGACCGUAGAUGAGGUGAAAAAACAAAUCGAAUCUGACUCUGAAGUAACCUUCAUUGACAACUGCCAGCACGCGGAGUUCACCUGUCUGACGGCACGCGAGUGCAUCGUGUUCGAGCACGAGGGCGAGAGAAUAAUGGUGCACAUCGACAAGAGAGACAAGUGCCUUACCCUCAAAGGCAAGGGCAUCAAAGAAGGGUUCAUGUUUCAGUUGCAAUACACCAUGUGGAUUCUUGGAGACAUUAAAGGGACGCACGUGGUGCUCUCUGAUGCAGGUGAGAUACUGGAGUAUAAUUUCGAUGAAGCGAGUUUAGAACAGUUCCAUGUGAAUUUUCCACGGAUAAUUAACAAAGUCUUCCUUCCAGCAAUAGCUUUGUAUAAACAGGCUCAGAGAGAGAGAGCGUUUCAUUAGCAGGUCCAGCAGCGUUUCAUUAGCAGAUCCAGCAGUGUUUCAUUAGCAGAUCCAGCAGCAUUUCAUUAGCAGGUCCAGCAGCGUUUCAUUAGCACAUCCAGCAGCGUUUCAUUAGCAGAUCCAGCAGCGUUUCAUUAGCAGAUCCAGCAGCGUUUCAUUAGCAGGUCCAGCAGCGUUUCAUUAGCAGGUCCAGCAGCGUUUCAUUAGCAGGUCCAGCAGCGUUUCAUUAGCAGGUCCAGCAGCGUUUCAUUAGCAGCAGAUCCAGCAGCGUUUCAUUAGCAGAUCCAGCAGCGUUUCAUUAGCAGGUCCAGCAGCGUUUCAUUAGCAGCAGAUCCAGCAGCGUUUCAUUAGCAGAUCCAGCAGCGUUUCAUUAGCAGGUCCAGCAGCGUUUCAUUAGCAGAUCCAGCAGCGUUUCAUUAGCAGGUCCAGCAGCGUUUCAUUAGCAGAUCCAGCAGCGUUUCAUUAGCAGAUCCAGCAGCGUUUCAUUAGCAGGUCCAGCAGCGUUUCAUUAGCAGAUCCAGCAGCGU